GUAGUUUUUAUUUUAGUUUUUCUAUCGACUUGCUGUUGUAUCAAUCAACGGUUUUUAUUUUAAAUCUUUUCGGAUUCUAUUGAAAAUCGAGAUAAUACACAUGGCUUUUAAAGUUACUCCAGCCCACUGGGAAGUUCUACUGAAUUUCAUGGAGGCCCACCCCGAUUUUGCUAGAGGGCAAAUUUCUGGACCAAAUGCCAAAGAUAUAAUGAAGAAAUUAUGGGCAACAUGUGCCAAAAAUCUAAAUUCAGUAGGAGGUGGAGCCCGAAAAGUUUAUAAGUGGCAGAAAACAUGGACUGAUUUUAAGUACAACCCUAAAAAGAAGGCAUCAGCUCUCAUGCUGAAGCAAACUGCCACAGGCGGAGGCCCACCUAAUAUGACCCCCCUUUCUGAAGUCGAAAUAAAAUUUUUGGGUAUAUUGGGACAAACUUUUUAUGAAGGUUUAAUAGAGUCAGAGAUUAUACUUCAAAACUCACCAGAGCCCAUGAGUUUGAAUACGCCAAAUGAAGAAAUAGAUACCAAUUUAAUUGGAGAAUGUUCCAAGGGUGGUGCGGUUAAAGAAUGUUUCAAGACGGGGACAAUUCAAAGGACACCCAUAAAGAGGUUUUCCGACCAUGAUUAUGUUAAAUUACCUCACGGUACACGUCCCAAAAAAAUGAAAACAACUGAAACAGAUGUACUUUAUAAGGAGACGAUAUCUGAGUUAAAAGAAAUAAGAAGCACUUUGCAGGAAGUUAAUAUUAAUCUUCAGGGUGUGCAUUGUGCAUUAAAUAGAAUAGCGGAUAUUAUGGAAAAAAGGUCGAAAAGUAAAAUUUAUGUGUAA